AUGAUUUAUGCGAAAACCUACUGAACUAGUCAGUAUUCCCUUCCAUGUUGUUACUAUAAUUAUUCAGAUUAUUUUUUUAAAGCUAUUUCUUAAUACAUUAAUGUUUGGUUGUUACAACUUUAGCCACAGGUCUAAGUCAGUAUUUUGAAUAAAAUGUGAGAUGAAACAUUCGGAUAUGUCUGAUUAUGUGAAAUGAGUCACUCAAAUUUCUCUCUAACACAGUUUAAUUAUACAAAAAAGGUACUCAAUGAAUAGUGUAAGAAAUAUCAGUGGAAUCAUUUCAUUGUAAUGAAGUUGUUAUUCAUCUUUCAUCAAGCCGGUUAGUAUAAAAGCCAAAAUAGUUAUUCACUGAUUGGACAAUGAGACAAGUCAGUUCAUAUUGAUUAAUUAGGCCAUAAAAUUGCUGCGAAAUUAUUGUACAUACAACAGUAUUUAAAAGAGACUAAUUUCAAUUCUCACAAAUAGCAUAAAUCAUUGAAAUUUUACUCACUUCAACAAGUUAGUGUGUGCACUUGAAUUAACUCACUCAUAAAUCUUGGUCAAAUCAGUGAAUUAUGAAUGACAUCAAAGUCUCACAAUCGUUAUCAGUUAUCCAAGCUACAACGACAAAUAAAAUGAAGUGGAUUAGUAAAAUUGCUUAUGGAACGGGUCAAAUGCUUAAAGAUCUUGUUUUGGGAUUUAUCUGUAUAUUCUACAUCAUAUUCUAUGAAGGUUGUAUCAGUUUGAGUAGUUCACAAGUUGGGGCAUUAUUACUGUGUGGUCAGAUUGCUAAUGGAUUAGCCACACCAUUGAUUGGUUAUUUAUCAGAUCGUCCACUCGGUCUAACUGAAAAACCGACAACUGUUCACCAGUCGAUAACGUGUGAAGAUGGAAGUGUAAAGAAGGAUAAGAGGUUGUUCAAUCGAAUGAAACGACAGUUGAGACUUGGACAGAGAAAGUCAUGGCAUUUAGGUGGAUGUUUAUUGAUGCUUAUUGCCUUUCCGUUGAUGUUCGGACAACCGGAAUAUUUUGUUGGUCUUCCAAUUGUGGUGAAGUUAUUGAUCAAUGGCAUGUUUAUGAUUUGUGUUCAGGUUGGUUGUGCAGCUGUACAAAUUCCCCACUUAUCAAUUAUCAAUGAUUUGACAGACCAACAUGAUGAACGAGAAUUACUUGCAUCCUUGAGAUAUUUAUUCCAUGGAAUCGGACAUUUGGCUACAUUGCUUAUAACGUAUGUAUUUUUUGAAUCAGAAAAAUCCAGUUUGUUACUUUUGAAAUCAGUAAAUGAGACUGACAACAAUGUGAACAACAGUCAACUGUUCACAAAAUCAUUAAUAACAACUGACAUUAUUGUUGGAAGUGAACGAGCAACAUUGUUCAAUGAUUCGAUAAAUAACCAGUCAACAAAUGUUGGGAAACAGUUAGUCGUACAUUCAGAAUACAAUAUAACAAUUCAAGAUUUACCCAUAUUUCGAAAUGUUACAUUGAUUGUCGUUGGCAUUGGAGUAUUAUUCACAAUAAUCUUCCAUUGUGGUGUUCGUGAAGGUAAACCGAAAGCACACCAAUCACUCACAAUGCAAUCUCAUAAAAAUACCACAGAUGAAUUCUCACAAGUGAUUGCAACAAGCAACAAUAACAAAGUGAUUAAUGGUAAUUCUGUUGUGGUUUCACAGCUCAAAUCCAAACGAAAACGGACCUACAGCCUUUCAUCUACACUUCCCUGGUAUGCUUGGUUUACACUACCAAGAUUUUGGCUGAGCUGUUCUACAUUCAGUAUAAUGCGUCUUAGUGUAACUGUUUCCGUGGUUUACAGUGGUCCAUUUUUGUUGAAUUCAUUGAAGUUGAAUAAAAGUUCAAUGGUUUCUGUCGCCCUAGUUACCACAAUUUCUUGUUUGAUUACAUCAGUUGGUGUACAAAGGAUAAAUAAAUUACUCGGGAAUUAUAUUGGCUCAGUCGUCGGUGUUCUAUUUGUCCUUGUAUUUUGUACAAUCGCUUACUCUUUAAAACCAUCCGACGAAAGCCUCGUAGCACUAUAUUUUGCUGCAGUUAUUCUAGGCAUUGGAAACACAAUCAAUAAUGUCCGAGCAUUGGUUGUGAUCGCAACAUUGAUCGGUGUAAAACAAGUACACACAGCAGCAUUUGUUCAUGGGAUCGCAUCAUUGUUUGACAAAAUCUUGACUGGUGUCUUCAUUCAAUGCAUACAACUCUGUGUACCUCAGUUAACUUAUAGACAUAUACAGGUGUAUGUUGUAGGUAGUUUGGCAGUAUUCGGUGGUAUUCUAGUGACAAUUGAUAAUUUCAUUUAUUCAGAGACUUUAGAAAGUACAGAUGCACCAUGUCUUUCAUGUUUUUGUCGAAGAACUACUUCAUCGUCGCCUCCGUCACCAACGAAAUUUCAGAGUGACAAGGUAAUUAAUUCUAACAUCCAAACCUCCCAUCAUGGUGUUAGCAAUGAAAAGGAAAAUAGCGAUAACUGUAGAUACUAAUCAACAUAUUUAUUUAUCAUUAACAUAAACCAAAAAUCUCUCCUCAUAAAACAUAUCGUCUUCAUUCUAUAUUUCUCUACCAAUAUUCAAUCCAUUGGUUUAUUCCUGUAUAUUCACCUACUCUUCCUGUCAAAGAAACAUGUUUUAAUAUUUAGUCCGGCUAAUUAUCACGUGACUUAUUUGCCAAUCGAAAUACCACAUAUACAAUGCAGCACAAACACUCGGUGUUCUUGUAUUCUGGCGAGUGUUAUUUUUAGAUAGUUCAUGUGCCCUUUUAGUCGCUGUACGUAUUUGGUUACAUCCCUCAGAACUCUCUUACCUGUAUCGAAAAUUUCUCCGAGUAAACAUAAUGUAGUUCCGUACAUCAACUCAGCUGAACAGCACCCAAUAUCUCGUUUAAUUGUUGUUCUUAGACCUAACAUGACUAGGGGUAGCUUAUUUGUCCAAUUGUUGCUAACACUGACGGUCGUUAGAGAUGCCUUUAACUGCCUGUGUAAACGUUC